AUGGGUGGUGAUUUGAGAAUAGUAAGCCAAUUUACAAGCGAAAAUUGCGUAUUUAAAUUUGCAGUAGGAGAUCUUACAACAUUAUCGAAGAAAGAUGCUGUGGAUAUCCUGGUUGUGUCAGCGUUUCCAGGUGAUUAUGCGACUAUUCCUGGCACACUCAUUGGAGCUUUACAUUCUAGAUUGAAAGUUAGCCUGAGAGAAUUGGCAAAAGAUAGAGUGGAUUAUCGUUUAUUCUAUAACUGUUGGUAUUCUCGCCUUCUUCCCAGUCAUCUCAACUUUCGAAGGAUAUUAUGUUUCGAGAAUGUUACAAAAUCGCAUCCAUCUCAGGCUCUUGGCGAUAUUUUCCGCUGUAUUCUCCCGCUAUUUAACGACAAUCAAGGUUCAGUAGCAGUGCCUAUAUUAGCAAGUGGUAACCAGGGCUAUAGUCAUAAACAAAUGCUUUCAGCUACCAUAGAAUCUGCAAUAACAUGGCUACAAUCAGGCUUGUCGAUGAAAUCAUUAAUCAUAUGCAGUUAUCUAGAGAGUAAAGAGUUACUAGCCGUUUUUAAUUCGUAUAAAGCACAACUAACAUUACCAAUGAAGUAUCCAGCGGAUUCCGGUCCUAAAGUUUCACCAACCAAACAGCCAACCAAAAAACCGGUUACCAAAGUAACGCCUAUAAAGAAUGUUCCUGCAACAAAUUCGUUACGAAUAGUCGAUUCAUUCGGUGUUGAAGGAACUGCUUGUCCAUCGAUAAUUAAAUAUGCAACAGGAGAUUUAACAGAUUUGCAAAAAAGCGAUGAAAUUGAUGUUUUAGUAGUCUCUGCAUUUUCAAAUGACUAUGCAGCUAUUCCUGGGACGUUGAUCGGAGCAUUAAAAAAAAAUUUGGGUAUUAGUGUUGAGGAGCUAGCAAAAAACAAAGCUGAAGAUUACCGAAAAUAUUAUUCUUGCUGGUGGUCUCAGUUGCUUCCUAGUCACAUCAAUUUUAAGCGUAUAGUCUGUUUUGAAAAGAAAAUAAGCGUUAAGCCUACCCAAGUUAUUGGUAAUAUUUUCCGAUGUUUUUUUCCACUUUUUAACAACGAGCCUUGUUCAGUAGCUAUGCCAGUUCUAGCAACCGGCAAUCAGGGAUAUUCCCAGACUCGAGUAUUUGAGUCUCUAUUAAAUGCUGCUAUCCGGUGGAUAAGAGCGGGCUUACCACUCAAGUCGCUGUUAGUUUGCAAUUUUACGAAAAACCCUGAAUUGGAUUUGUUAUUCACUAAAAUCAAGGCUACUGCUUUGCUUCCUCAACCAAUAGCUAAAGUUCCAGAAUUCGAUUUCGAUUUUUAUAUAUCCUAUAGUCCCCAAGAUAUUACACUUGCAAACAGAGUGAAGAAUGAGCUUGAAAAUGCAUGGGCAGAAGAAAAGAAAGCAAUUCGUCUUCAUACUAACUUUCAAGAAAUUAAUCCUGACAUUUCAUGGCAAGAUGAAAUUUAUAAUGCCAUUUGCAAAUCAAUCCGUGUUAUUGUGAUAUUAACACCUAGCUAUUUGCAGUGCGAAGCAUGUAAGGAACAAUUUAACGUUGCACUUUGUGUCAACCAACAAUCUAAAUGGAAUUUGUUAGCCCCACUCUAUGUUAUUGCUAUUCCUGAUAUUCCAACAUAUAUUACAUUAGUACAAUAUAUAGACUGUCGGGAUAAUACCGAGGUCUGUAUCAGUAAAGCAAGUGAACAGUUUUGUGAAUGGCAUCAGCGGUCUAGCGAUGAAUUAGAACUAAUUGAUAAUCCUUACGAAAAAGCUACAAUCAAGUAUAAUUAUGAUUUAUUCAUUUCCUACUGUCACGAAAAUUCAAACUAUGCUAAGUUAGUACUUGAAAAGAUGAAAAUUUUCGAUGAAGAUGCUAACAUUUUCUUUGAUGUUCAGCAAUUAAAGACAGGAACCGCAUGGCAGAAAGAGCUAUAUGAAGCUAUUGAUGGUAGUCAAAGUUUAGUUGCUAUUGUUACACCUGCAUAUGUACGAUCAAAAGUGUGUUACGAAGAGUUUUCACUAGCAUUAGCAUUGGAUCGUGAAAGAAAUACAUCAGAAGGGAAACGAUUUUACUUUUGUCCUGUUAUCUUAAACAGUAAUGAUGACGUUCCUAGUACAUUUAGACAUGCCAAUAUGAUGAUUUGUAAAGAUGGUAGUUUCUCAAAUGAAUUUGUUAGUAAGGUUUGCCAACAUUUAAAAAUAGGCCAACAUUUACAGGAUUUUCCGAUGGACAAGGAUGAGAAAUCACCAAAGCUGGAUGAAGUUCUAAGUAAAUGGAGAGCGUUCCAGUUUACUCAAAUAGCACAGGAAAUAAUGGCUGAUCUUGAUAAAUUACCAAAAAGCGCAGUUACUGGCACUGGUGCUACUACUAAAAGAUCGUCUAUCAAAGCCAUCCUUUGUUCAAAAAACGUUUCAACGAGGGCAAUCAUAAAUACUUUCAAUGCUAGUACCACUGCUAGUGCAAUAAAAGUUGAUGAUUCGCAAAAGUCUGUACAUGUUGUAAUCUUAAAUGCUCAAAGCGAAGAAGAUACAGCUGCUAUGUUGAGAAGUUUGCUGACGAGAUUACUUCCUCAAACGAGAGUUACUCUAUUGCAACAGCCGAAAACAGAAGAACAAACUCAUAGAAGAUUAAAUAUACUAGAUGAAGUUGAUAUGGCCGUAGCACUAAUAUCACCACAAUAUUUAUUGUCUCCUAAAUUAGUGGACGAAUUGCAUAUCAUGCUUUUUCGACAAAGGAGUAAUCCUCAGCGGUGUCUCUUUUUCCCAAUAAUUAUGUAUGGACUGCCGGAAGAACCGUUAUAUUUUAGGAUAUUAAACUGUAGAUACGCAUGCCACGAUGAAUUUUGGGAUAAACUAUACGAAAAGAGUCAGUUAAAAGUCCUAAUUGAGAGUAUAUUUGGCCGUCUUGAUAUACGAAAGCAAAUGGUAUUGGUUUGUGCCGCUAUUCAUAUAAUCCGACUUUUAAAUGGAAAAGAUCAAGGAAAUUUCGGUAUUUUAUUAAAUCUCAAUAAAAUCAACGACGAAAUUGAGGAUAUUGAAGUAAUUGAUAAAUUGAAGAAGCUGUAA